CGCGAGGGUAGGUUGUCGCAGCGGCUGAUUUAUUGGAGCUAGGGAUCUUGAACUGACUGUCAUGGGGCAAUUCUAGUCAUUUUGAAUACGAUUCGCCAUACCGGAGGCAAUGAGGUGGGAUCGCGAACCCCUCCUUUUACUUCCUCGGAAUGUCACCCACUGACGACGUUUGCCCACAGUGGAAAGUCUUGGUCUUGGAUGAAUCGAGUCGGAAACUAGUCUACAACACUGCCAACGAUGAUGAUAUUCUCAAUCUCAAUGUCACCAAUGUCGAGCAGAUCGAGGAUCGGCGCCCAGCCAACCAGAACAUGGACGCACUGUAUCUCCUGUCACCGCAGCCACAUAUAGUGGACUGCCUGAUGGCGGACUUUGAGGCCAAGAGAUACCGGAAGGCGUGGCUGGUGUUUACUUCUUACCUCGAUCCGAAACAGCGGGCCCGCAUUCAGAACUCUCAGAUCGCGAGCGAGCAGGUUGCGUGCCUUCGAGUCAUUAGUGUCGACUACUUCCCUCGGGAGUCGCAUUUGAUCACCUUCCGAGAUCCGUGGAGCUUCCCGGUUCUCUUCCACCCGGGAUGUAACCAUCUGAUUCGCGCGCAUCUGGCGGAUCUAGCGCAGAAGGCGGUGUCUCUCUGUGCGAGCCUAGGCGAGUACCCAUUAAUCCGAUACUACCGACCGCGGACGCCCACCCACGAAGCGAGCAUCCUAUGCUCCCACCUGGCUGCUUUCAUUCAGAAUGAACUCGACGCAUUUGCCCAGUCUCAGCCGGAAUUCCCACCUCCUUCGCCCCGUCCGCGGGGAGUGCUGUUUGUCGUGGAUCGGUCCAUGGACCUCGUCGCGCCGCUCAUUCACGAGUUCACAUACCAGUGCAUGGUGCACGACUUGCUACCCGUCAAGGAUGGUGACAAGGUGACGUACAAGCUUACGCUCAACGAAGGCACCGCGCACGAGCAAGUCAAGGAUAUGUCGAUCACCGAAGAGGACAAGGUGUGGGUGAACUACCGACACCAGCACAUGAAAGACGUGCUGGGUAAUCUGGGCAAAGAUUUCGAAAAAUUCCGUGCUGCCAAUCCCCAGUUCGCCGAAGAGAAUGACAACUCUAACGUGGACACCAUCAAGGAGAUGCUCGGUGGCCUGACAGAAUUCCAGGAAGGAAGAGACUCCUACACACUUCACCUUGAUAUGGCGGGGGAGUGCAUGAGGUUCUUCGAGAAGCAUAAGCUUCUUGAAGUGAGUGCCGUGGAGCAGAGCUUGUCCACGGGGCUCGACGAAAACUUCAAAAAGGCCAAGGGGCUGGCUGCGCAGCUUGUCCAGCUCACGGACGACGAGGCAAUUCAAUCCUCAGAUCGGCUGAGACUGCUGUUGCUUUACAUCAUGUACCGAGGGGGGAUCUUGCCGGGCGAUAUCCGGAAACUCAUGGCACACGCGCAACUUUCGCCGCAGGACGGAGAAGUGAUCUACAACCUCGAUCUGCUGGGUGCGCGUGUGGAGAAGCCCGCCAAGGACGAACGGCCGCCUGUACCACCACUGUUCGUGAGGAAAGCCCCACCUCCUGCUGAAGCGGACGAGGCCAGUCUGUCCCGGUACGAGCUCAACCUCCGUAUCAUGCUCGAAGAGCACAUCCGGGGCGCCCUAGAUACAACCACCUUCCCAUUCACGCGCCCUUGCGCCGACAUGGAAGGGAUGGGAUCUCAGGACAACUCCGCACAGGCAUCCCUCCGCAGCGCCAAACCGACAUGGGCACGCACCCGGACCACCACCGAGCAGCCCCGGCAGCGCAUCAUCGUCUUCAUGGCCGGCGGAGCUACGUACGGAGAAUCGCGCGUCUGCGAAGAGGUCUCGCAACAGUUCGGCAAGGAGGUUUUCCUCGCCACGUCCCACAUGCUCAGCCCCGGGUUGUUCCUACGACAGCUGGGCGAUCUCAGCGCCGACCGACGCCGCCUAGACAUCCCCGCCGAGCGGCCCAAACCCACCGCGCCCGCUCACCUAUUCGAGCGCCCCGCUCCGCCGCCGCCGCAACCGCAGCAAAAGAAGCCCAUGCCCACCAAGUUGAACCCGCCUGCGCCUCCCAGCGCCCUCAUGGCCAACAUGACUCUCGGGCCAGACGGACAGCCGAUGCCCAACGGACCUGGGGCAGGCGGACCAGCGGCGGCUCCGGCCCCUCCCUCCAGCUCCAGCUCGAAACCGCACAAGGAGAAGAAGGAAAAGAAGCACCGUUUCUUCCGGUAUUGAGUGCCUGAACUCUUGUGCAAACGACGGACAAUAGUAAUCUGGAGAUGUCCAUCCCACGGCUAUGGCCGUCUGCCGUGCAUUUGCCGCUCCUGGUGUUCGAUUUCAGCCAUGCUGUGCUAGUAUAUGCUGCGAUUUGUCGAUACGCUGCGGCGCUUUAAUUUCUGCAGUGGUUGCUUCUAAAUCACGGUGGUACAUACUCCACUCAAUUUGUAUUUAGCUAGUUAAUGGACUGUAUGUGUGUAAAUGCGAGGC